AUGUUUAUAAUAAAUUCUUUACUUUCUGAAGCAGCUUCUGCAUCCAAUCCAGUACUCGAUACGACAGGAAAAAUAAUUCGAGUAGGUUUCGAUUACAUGAUCGUGCCAGUAAAGAAGGAUUUAGGAGGUGAACUUGGGCUAGACUUUAUUGGAACCCAAGUUUGUCCACUUGGUAUCGGCCCACGUCUCAAUCCUAACCAAACCGGCCUUUCAAUAAAUCUUUUUCCAGUAAAUUCCAAAAAAGGUGUAAUUCGUGAAUCCAUUGAUCUAAAUGUUGAGUUCACAGAAACUUAUACUAUAUGCCCACAUAACUCCAACGUGUGGAUGCUAGAUCACUAUAAUCCUCAGAAGGAGGAUCAAUAUAUGAUUACUAACGGUGGAGUAAAAGGGAAUCCUGGUCGUGACACUAUUAGGAAUUGGUUUAAGAUUGUGAAAUAUGGAGUUGGAUACAAGUUUGUAUUUUGUCCAAGUGUGUGCAAUUAUUGUGAGGUGAUUUGCAAGAAUGUUGGGAUUUUUGUGCAGAAUAAUGGCCAGGCACUUCUGACAUUGAGUAAUGAGCCAUUAGAAGUCGUGUUCAAGAAAGUGUAA